AGUGGGCGGGGCGGCCGGGCCGGGCGGCGGCGCCGCAGUGACUCGUCGGGCUUGGCGGCGGCGGCGGCUUCCGAGGUUUCAGAGGAGCGGACUGUGUGGUCUGUGGGCUGCUGCGGCCUCGCAGCGACCUUUGUGCAGAGCCCUCCCCUCCUCGGGCGGCUGCGGUGGGCACACUCGGGGGCGGCGGCCACCGCGGCCAGGUUAGCGUGGGGGAAGGGGCGAGUGCCAGAGUAGCCCAUCUGCAGCCAGUGAGACCGAGCCGGCCCAUCUCCCACCAUGUCCGACGAGGCGUCGGCCACCACUUCCUAUGAGAAGUUUUUAACCCCAGAGGAGCCCUUCCCUUUCCUAGGAGCUCCUCGCGGGGUGGGCACCUGCCCCAGCGAGGAACCUGGCUGCCUGGACAUCAGCGACUUCGGCUGCCAGCUCUCCUCCUGCCAUCGCACGGAUCCGCUCCACCGGUUUCACACCAACAGGUGGAACCUCACGUCCUGUGGUACAAGUGUCGCAAGCUCUGAAUGUAGUGAGGAGCUGUUCUCAUCAGUUUCUGUUGGAGAUCAAGAUGACUGCUAUUCCCUGUUAGAUGAUCAAGACUUCACUUCUUUUGACUUGUUCCCCGAGGGAAGUGUCUGCAGUGAUGUCUCCUCAUCUAUCAGCACGUACUGGGAUUGGUCAGAUAGUGAAUUUGAGUGGCAGUUACCAGGCAGUGACAUUGCCAGUGGAAGCGAUGUGCUUUCUGACGUCAUACCCAGUAUUCCAAGUUCACCUUGCCUGGUUUCUAAAAAGAAAAACAAGCACCGGAAUCUAGAUGAGCUUGCUUGGAGUGCGAUGACAAAUGAUGAGCAGGUGGAAUAUAUUGAGUAUCUGAGCCGUAAAGUCAGUACUGAGAUGGGCCUCCGGGAGCAACUUGACAUUAUUAAAAUCAUUGAUCCUUCUGCUCAGAUCUCCCCUACGGACAGUGAGUUCAUUAUUGAACUUAACUGUCUCACAGAUGAAAAACUAAAGCAGGUCAGAAACUAUAUCAAGGAGCAUAGCCUUCGUCAGCGGCCUACAAGGGAGGCCUGGAAGAGAAGCAACUUCAGCUGUGCAAGCACCAGCGGAGUGAGCGGUGCCAGCGCCAGUGCCAGUGCCAGUGCCAGCAGCAGCAGUGCCAGCAUGGUCAGUUCUGCAAGCAGCAGUGGGUCCAGUGUUGGAAACUCUGCUUCAAACUCCAGUGCCAACAUGAGUCGAGCACACAGUGACAGCAACCUGUCUGCAAGUGCAGCAGAGCGGAUUCGGGAUUCAAAAAAGCGAUCCAAGCAGCGAAAGCUCCAGCAGAAGGCCUUCCGCAAGAGGCAGCUGAAGGAGCAGAGGCAGGCGCGGAAGGAGAGGCUCAGUGGGCUCUUCCUCAAUGAAGAGGUGCUCUCCUUGAAAGUGACUGAGGAAGACCAUGAAGCAGAUGUUGAUGUUUUGAUGUAAUAGGGUGAAUCCAUCAGUGUUCCUUUGAAGCGUUAUUCUCUCUUCAUUAGUUUACAUUCAUCUUGACCAAACUUUUGGUUAGGGUUGUGCUGAUGUACCAUUAAUAAUUUAGGCCAGUGGUUUUCAGAGAGUAGCCCCAGCACCCUCAGCUCUCAGCAUCCUGAAAAGACCUUAGAAUUGUGUUUGGGCCCCAUUCCAGAGCCACAGGCAGUGUGGAUUUGGAGCAGCACUGUGGUUUAACUAACGCCAGAUUAUUCUCAUGCACAUUCUCAUUUAAGGACCACUGGUAAAUGUCUUAACUACUUUAACUUUAUGGUGAUUAAGUAGGCUUUUCAAAGACUGCUAUAUUUACAGUUUGGGAAACUUCAGAGUACUGACAUCAAGGAGUUCAUUUUGUCGGUCUACAUUUAGGGCCCGUAAUUCAGUUGUCUUCUUAAGGGUAAGAUUUUUUAAGUUUGCUUUUUCAAAGGGGCCAUGGUAUAAUUCUUAGUUCCUAGGGGCAAAGCUGUUUCGAGGUGAGGGUGCACACAAGGUAUGCAUUGCUGUUUACAAUAGUGCCUUCAUUAGGUUUAGUUCUCUUUUCACGAAUUAUGAAUGCACAGGUAUAAAAAAGGGCCCUAAUCUUUUUCCAAUUAGAUGUGAGUUGCUUUGUUUUUUUCUACUUUAUGUCAAGUGAGAAUCAUUUCCGCUACUACUGAGAAGUAAUGCUACGUUAGUGAAAUUUUAGACUUAACGUUGUGUUGACUAAGUUUCAAGUGGAGAUUCCAGUUAGGCAAUGAUACCAAUCAAACUUUCCUGUUGUAGCCUUAACGUUAAGGCUGUCAAAGAAUCUCCAAACUAGAACGUUUAUCUGUUCCUCUCUAUCAAAAAUUUUUAAUGUAGUAUAUCUCAAUUUUAUAUGUUUGACGUGUGGACAGGUUGAUGUUUCAAAUUAACUGACAGACCACUUGGAGUGCAACAAACUUUAGAGACUGCUGUGGGUAUAUAAAGCAGUAUGCUAUAGAAAACACCUUUGUUGGUGCCUAGUAGGACUCUUAAGUCUAAAUGUGAAAUCAUGGAGUUUUUGAAAUCAUGUUUUCAAAGAAUUCGUUACCAUGACCUUUUCUUGUAUGUGUCUUUGAGCAUUGGCUUGGGCUAGAGAAGAUACAAACUGAGACUACUGACAAUCAAUUUGUUUUCUGACUUUCAUGAUUUUCACUUUUACUCUUGCAUCUCAGAAGCAAACUACAAUCUUUUGAAAAGGCCACAGAGUUCAGAGGUUAAUAGAGUUUCAACAUCAUUUAACUUUAGUUCUUCAAAGAGAUUAACAACUUAAAAUUCUUAAUUUUUAGUUGCUGUAAGGGCUUAAAUUUUACCGAAUUAAAAAGUGAAGUUUUAGUCCUGGUAUGUUGACAGACACCUUUAAUCCUAGUGUUCUGGAGGCUGAGGUGAGGAUUUGUAAGUUCAAAGCAAGCCUAGGCUACAUAGUGCUACUAAAAUUUUCUAUACAUUUAAAAUUUUUUAAAUUUUAUUUUGUUUCUUUGAAGGUUAUAGAAUUGAAACUGAGGGUAAAAAUUAGUACCUUGCAGCAUUGCUGAGGCCUGUGGUCGGGCUGUAACUUUUGAAUGCCUACUAAGAUCAGAAUUUAAAAUGCUACGAAGAUAAAAGCGUGAAUAUGUGUGCUUUCAGUUACAGUAGUAUUUCUGACUUUCCUCCUACCUCCUUUGGUACUCCAUCUUAGUUUAAAGGGACCAAAGAGAUUUUGGGGUCAGAUCCUAGAAUACUUAAUAAAGAAUGUACGCAGUUUUCCCUUUAAGUACAGAAAUAGAAAAAGAAGAGAAGCAAAUACAUCUAAACUGUCUGCCUUCCCUUAGUCAUAGCAAAAUCCCACAGAGGAAAUAAUCUGCAUGUUCUUCCUAUUCUCUACGGAAGGUGGGCCACAUUGAGAUACAGGGCAACAUUUAUCCAUCACCCACUUGCAAACUAUUUGUUUGUUGAUGCUCAGUAAAAGAAAAUCCAAAACUGGUUCAGGAUGUAACUUAAGACUAGUGUCUCUAUUCUCCCAAAAAUCACCAAGUCUUCUUAACAUAGAUUUAACUUAAGUCACCAUUGAGUAAGUUUACCAAAGUGCCAUGGGCAGAUUUUAAAUGUCUAUAAAGGUUUGAGUAUUUAUAGAAGUAUGACAUGAAAUUUUCUGUAAGUCCAGAUUCACUCUAUAUGUUAGAACUGGAAUGUAAAGUGUCGAUUUGGUGGAGUUUGAAAAUACUGCUUUCAUUUAAAAAAAAAUGUGGGACUCCUAGAGUUGUUUAUGAUCUAAGAGAGAGAGAGAGAGAGGAAGAGAGAGAGAGAGAGAGAUUAAAAUCUUUCUCCUUCCCUCCAAAACAAACUAUCGCAAAAGGGCAAAAGUCUCUUUGAGCCUUUGUUAUCAGUGCUCUGUUAUCUGUUAGGAUGUUUCAUGUAGAUAAUCCAGAGAGAAUUGUUGAAAUAGGUAGUAAUUUAUUAAAUCUGGUAUCUCCACGAGGUAUAUUUAAAACAACUUCAAGUCAGCAUCUUUUUUUCCCUUUUCAGUGGAAAACCUACCUAAUCAGUUAAUUAAAAGGAAAAAUCAGGGAAAUGCAGAUCAAAAGUGUUGAGUCGGUUCUACUCCAGUAACAAUGGCUAUCUGUCAUCAAGAAAAGCAAAAAAAAUACUGGUGAGAAGAGAGGAUAGAAGGAAUCUGUAUGUACUGCUAGCGAUAGUACAAACUGUCUGUAGCAGUGGAUACCUGUAUGGGAGUUCUUUUUAAAAAAUAAAUUACAAGUGGAAGUAUCUUAUGAUGGAGCUAUAUCAUCCUUUGGUAUAUGCUGAAAGUAAACGAACUCAGCAUAUGACAGGGAUUUGUGUGUGCCCUUCCAUGUCUAUUACAGUACUGCUCCCAAUAGCCAAUAAAUGAAUACCCAUCAGCAGGUGGAUAGAUAAAUAAAAUGUAACAUAGAUACAUAGCAGAGCUGUAUUCAGCCAUAAUGAAGACAGGAAUUAUGUCACUUGCAAGAAAAGAGAUGGAACUAGACAGAGAUCAUGUUAAGCAAAGCAAGGCAGAUUCAGAAACACAAACAUUGCAUUUUUUGUACAAGUGGAAUCUAGAUUUAAUAAAAUGAAACACAUGAAACUAGAAUAGGAUACUGUGUGGGAAGAGGAAAGGCUCUGGUGAAAAGGGGAGCAAAAAAAUGGUGGGUGUAGAUGAUGGAAGUAUAAAUAUGUAUGGAUAAAUAAAUGGAAGAAUAGAAGUCCAGAUUUUGUUCCAGUGUUGGUUAUCUUCUGUCCACAACUGACAGUGGAGUGAAUAAGUCUCCUUUUCAUAGAUUUAUCCAGAGACAUUUUAUUAGAGAUCUUGUAAGAGUGUGUCAGUCCUUAUUACAGCUUUUAAAAGCGUGAACAAUGAAUUAAGCAAAAUGGCAUGUAUUUUUAUACAGUUUUGCAAAUGUUUAAAGGAAGGUGUUGUUUUAGAAUGUCAUAAGUUGUAAAGGGCUAGUUUAUUCUAUCUUUCCAAGUACUUAAAGUCAAAUGACACUUUUUCUUCAUUCUUUGAUAGAUAGUGACAGUUUAGUUGACUUCCUCUGUUGUUUGGGUAAGUUAGACAUUUCUGAAUUAAGUCCCAGAAGCUGAUUUAUAAAAAAAAAAAAAUGACCUAUAGAGUGGGUAGAUAUCUCAUUUUUCCCUAGGUUUUAAAAAGUGGUAAAUUCCCUCAAAAAGGAAAAAUUAUAUAAAACUAUUGUAUAAAGGUAUCCUGAUUCUGAUGAGCUUUAAACAUUGUAAAAUUUAUUAUAUAUCUUUAUAUUUAAGCCAAAAAUGUUACAACAUAAACUCUAUAGCAGUCUUUUUGAUUUAGGUUCUCUUAGCAGGCUUUUUUUGUUCAUGGCUUCUCUGUAGCCUCAUGUGCCUUAAUGGUGGUGAACGUUGCCAUUUGCAUCUAUAUAAGGCUUUCUCAAAAUCAAAUAAUCAGAAUGUUAUCAUUUGGUUCAUAUAAUGCUCAUGGUGUUUGGAUAUUAGUAAAACUUAUCAAUCAGUAGUAAUAGGUAUAAAACAAAAUAAAUACCUUCAGAUCUUGGACUCAUUUGCUUAAAACUAGUUUUGAUCCACCAGAUUAAUGAAGGGCCUUGCACUUACAUAAAUUUUGCUUAAUAUAUUUUUCCCACUGAAAAAAUAUCUGAGUCAAGGAUACUCUUUUAUUUCGUUUUUCUUUUUGGAACAAGGUCUCCCUAUACGUUCUAGGCUAGCCUUGAACUUGUUGCCCAGGCUGAUCUGGAACUUGUGAUCUUUCUCCUUAGCUUCCUGGGUUUUGGGGACCCAGACGUGCCUGGGGAAUAUAUCUUUUUAAACUGAUAAAACCUGAGUUUUAUCAGGAAAGAAAAUGUUUAGGGUCUGUACAGAAACACUUGAAGAGCCAAGAUUAUAUAGAAAGGUGUUUCUUCUGUUAACUUUAAGGAUUCUUCGGAUUCGUUUUGUAAUCGUUGGGGCACCCUAUUCUGCUUGGUUUAACAAAUUACCUCUUUGUACUGUCUUCAAGAAUUCUCGGGAAUUGAUGGAGGGUAAAGUUAGUUUGGGUUGCUGAUAGUAUAGUUCGUUUGUGUUCAAUAGUAGUAUUGAUGUUGAAUGCACUGGCAUUUGACUUAUUUAAAUUAGAGAUAAAUUCCAUAUUUAAAGAGACUAUUAGGAAAUAAAUCAUUGAGCAAAAAUCUAAUAAUGAUAGCUUUGCAGUAGAUUUAAGUUUGGUAAAAUUUAUCUCAGAUUUGAACGUUAUUAGGUAAGAAGCCUUUGAGGCAUUUUGAGCUAGGCAUUUCUGUCAGUAUAUAAUUUGGAAGAUAGUCCUUGAAACAUUUGAAUUUGGUCUCUGAAAAAUAAUUUAUGUUCUCUAUGAGACUUAAAAGGAACUCUGGCAAUUCCUGUAACUGGCUGUUAAGAAUGAGGAAGCUGCACAGCAUAGCUCAAGAUCACUACAAUUAAAUUUCCAUUUCUUAAAUACAAAGAUUUGCUUGCAGCUCACUGCCCAAAUAUUUUUUGAAUUGAGGUUAUUGAUAUUUUAGCUUAAACCAGACAAUGGCAAAUUGCAUUUUAAUUUGACAUUCAUUGCCAAACUCAGAAAAACCAGUGUGAUCUUUUCUGAUGUCAAUAUGUAGUAAUUUUUCUCUAUUGUCAGCUUUCUUCAAUUACAUCUUGGUGGUGAAUGGAACUUGUGGAAAUCUGUGUUCUUUUUUGUGGGAAUGGAUGGGAUGGAAAAGGGAAGAAUUGCUUAAUUAAUGAAUAUCCGUUUUGACUAUGUCAAUGUAAAUGUGGAAUUACCGUGUGCCGAUGACAGGUACACACUUAAGUUAGCUGAAUUGUUCAGAAGGACAGCCAUGGCUUGUUCUGUGCAGUUGCUUGUUUAAAUUGAAGCUGAUCUCUUGUGUUCGUUUACGUUGAGAUUUCAAGGCUUUUGGAAAAUGGGGCUGAUAGUGUCUCUUCCUGUAGUAGGUGAAUUUAAUUUCCUGUUUUCCUGUUUAGAUUUAAAAAAUACAUAAAUCUUUGUGUUGGCAAUUUAAUAGUACUGUUACCAAAAGAAGUUAAUAAUAAUCACAAAUACACAUAAAACACCUCAUAGAUGGUUAAGAGUUGCAAAUUGUGGGACUUUCUGCUCCCCUUCUUUUCAAAAAGUAGUUCUGUAGAAUCAAUAUAACCAAAGCAAGUAGGAAGUUGACUGGUUUGGAGGAUCUACAAGUAGUCUUAGAUACUGUAAAGUAUCAGAUUGUCAACCAGGACUUUUUUCCUGUAUUCCUGUGAAACGUAUUCUGAAUUACUGCACUUUUGUAUAUACGACAGUCCCCUGUACAUUCUCUAAUUCCCUACAGUGUAUAUAAAACCUGGCUGGUUUUUCUUGAAGCUGUGUGAGGGGAUACCAAUAGUUAUAAUACAAUUGGUUUCUAUUUUGAGUUUCUUUUUGCACAUGAAAAUAUUUUAGCAGGUAUAUCUAAAUGAGUUUGGGUGGUUGUAACGUAAGCUGGCUAUGUGAUGGAGCUGCUUUUUGAACCUAGUGUCAGAAUUAGGAGUCACUUUAGUUAUUAAGAAUUUUGGUACUCAUACUAUACUGAGUCCAUCUCUUUCACUGCUCCUUAUAACUUUAUACUCAAAAUCAGCUUCUUUCAAAGUUUCAUCCCAGAAUAAUUACUACUAACAGAGAAUUGCCGUUUUCUUUGGUUCACAGUUUGAUUAGACUUUAUAAACUUGUUUUGUGAGGGUCUCAGUUUCCCAGAAGUCAUGAGCAAAACUAACUUUCUGAAGAGAUCAGAUUUCUAGAGAGAUUAUCAUUCACACAGUAAGUGAAAAUUAGGUCAAAGUUUUGUUGACAGAAAUGAUGUAUUUUCCUUAAAAGAUUCUGCUGUAGAAUCUUUUAAAGUUAAGUUUCCAGAAAUGGAAUGUCUAUGAUUGGUUGUAUGUAUAGAUUCAGGUGCUGUUCUGGGUUUUGUGUGUAGGGUUGUUUUUUUGUUUUGGGUUUUUUCUUUCUUUCUUUUGUUUUUUGUUUUUCUUGGGCUUUGGGGUUUUUUGAUCACCAAUUUUGGUUUUGCCGCUAGAGGGACAUCAGUGAUUCUUCUUUGGAAAAAUCUUAGCUGUUUUUUGGUUUUUGUUUUUGUUUUUUACUUUCAUAGAUUGGCAGGACUUAUUCUCAAAAUGUUUUGUGUGAGUAAAUAUGUUCAUUUAUUAGUCAACGGUAGAUUAAUUAAGCUUGUUUAAUGAAGAAGGCAGUCAUUCUUGCAGUCUGUAACCUUUUGUUUUUAAUAAAUGUGAGUUAAAUACGAAGUAAAA